AAAGCAUACUCGGAACGAACUGUGACCAGGCUUGUGCGUGAUUCAACUUAAACUUAGUACCUAUAUCUCUGCAAAUAUCCCUGAUAAUGUUGAUCAAAGUGAAGACCCUGACCGGCAAAGAAAUCGAGAUCGACAUCGAGCCAACGGACAAAGUGGACCGGAUCAAAGAGCGGGUGGAGGAGAAAGAAGGCAUCCCACCACAGCAGCAGCGAUUGAUCUUUUCCGGCAAACAGAUGAAUGACGAUAAAACCGCUCAGGACUACAAAGUCCAAGGAGGAUCCGUACUACAUUUGGUGCUAGCAUUACGAGGAGGAUGCCUGUAAACGCUGAAGAUGAAGGUUCUCGGUGU